AUGGCGCUGAGCCCCUGUGGCUCUGAGAUGGGGGUCCGCGAAAAGGUACAGCAGACCGCUACUGAGCGAGCUGUCGCAGAGAAGACUAGGCGGGCGGUCCGCCUCUCCACCGGUCCCUCCCUGGAGUUAUGCACCGCCCCCUCCUCCCUGGGUUCCUCGGUCGCCACUGCGGCUCUGGAGCAGCUGUUAGUCGUGGAACAAUCGCUGCAAAGUGACUAUUUUAAGUGCGAUGAAGAAGUUAGAACCUUUCUUCAGGGCAUUUCUGUAGCUGUUAAGAAAUUGGAAGAAAUGAGAAAAUCCACAAUUGAUCUUCUAGAAAUUGAAACCAUGGAGCUCAGCAGACUGUAUUUUCUACUGGAAACUCUUCCCAGUUGCUUUAACAGAGAACUGGAAGAGUGUGUCAGAGAUGCUCGUCAGUUAAAUCUUUCUGAGAUAAGUCAAUUACAUAUAAGAAUUACAAGCAUCGAUACCAAUACAAAGUUGUUGAAGAAGAGACUACAUGAGCUGAAAGAAAUUAAUGAAAUGCUGGGUAAAAAGCAAGAGGAAUUAGUGAACCACCAUGAGAAGUCUGUCGUGUUGCUCAACAACACAAUGGAAAAAAAAGCCGCUACAACCAUUUACAUAAAUGAGACUUACACCAAGAUCAACUUAGAGAAAGAAAAAAUUGAAGUACAGAAGCAAUGUCUGCAGCAGGCAAAGGAGAACAUGAAAAAAAAUGAAGAAGACUAUAUGUUAAGGAAAAAAAAACUGAGUACACAGAUUGAAGAUAUUAAAAAAGUGUGUGAACACAAAAGAUUGCAGGCUUUUAGGAAGAAGAAAGAUUUGGAUAGAUUAAGUACUAAAAUGUCAAAAAUGAAACAAACAGUCACUUCCAAAACAGUGGUUCUUAGUGAUCACAAUUUAGAGAUAGCACAGCUAAACGAAUCAAUACAGGAGUGGGAAAAAAAGGUUGAAGAAUUGAAGAAUAUCUGUAAGAUUCUGGAGGACAAAGUACAUUUUUUUGAGAGUCAUAAGGAAAAACUGGAUACUAUCUCUAAUUAUGAAAAAGACGAAUUCCUGCAGAAGAUAGAACAGUUAUCUGAAAAACUGAACAAAGCUCGUACAGAGAACAAAGAGCUACGAGACAAACUAACUACUCUUGCCAGACAAUAUAAGAUUGUCCUAAGUGAGGAGGAAGAGGUUUUUUUAAGGAAACGAAAGAUCCAAGAUGAAAAUCAGAAGCAACUGGAAUUUAUUUCUCAGAAAGAAAAUUUCUUGGCACAAAGAAAAGUCGACAUCAAAAACAUGGAAGAAGGACUUGUCACAUUAAGCGAACUUCAUCGAACAACGCAGGAAGUAUAUCGGAAACAAAUAAAAACCCUGGGUGAUAAUCUGGAAAGAGAAACUCAGAGAUGUAUUAUAACUCAGUGGAAAAUAGCCUGUCUACUAAAAAAGCAUAUGCGUUGGAAGACCAUGACAAAGGCUGAAAUUCAAGAACUUAGGCAUAAAAUUGAGACUGCACAACAUAGGAAAGUUGAAUUAUAUGAAGAGACCAGCUCUAGAGAAAAAGAGAUCAAUGAAUUUGUGGGACAGAUUGAAAAACUUACAGAAGAAUUAAAACAAGAGGAGGAAGAAUUUAUUUACAAAGAAAAACUGCUAAUUGAAGAGAUAAGCAUCUAUGAGGAUCAAUUUGUUAAAGAAGUGAAAAGUAACAAAGAAAAAGAAGAAGAGCUAGUUGAAUGCCUUCCACAACUUCAAGUGGCAGAGGAAAUGUAUAGGGAAAAGUUAAAAAGGCUUGAAGAGCUUGUGAAUAUUCUUGCAGCACAAAAGCAAGAAGAGGCUUUACUAAGAAACAGCAUUGCUCAGUUUACAAGAGAUGUUUCAAGAUGUGUUCGUCACAUGGAUAACGUGAAGCAAGAAGCAAGCUAUUUCCGAGAACAAGAAAGCAUGAAACUCAAAGAUCAUUUUGAAAUUCUAAAGAACUUAGAAAAAGAAAUCUAUGUACAUGACCAAAAAACAGAACUUUUGCUCAUGGAAAAUAGAAGAUUAAAAGCAUAUAUUUCAUACCUGAAGAAAAAGACAGAGGAAUACUUAAAAAAAGAAGAAAGACUCACCUAUAUCUCAAGUAACCAGUCUUGGGAGUUGAUAGCUAGGCAGACCCAGUACAUGGAUUUGUGGACAGAAUUUCGUGCCUCAACUAAGGAAUUUGUGAAUAAUGGUACAGAGAUGAUGAAAGAAAUAAACAGUCUCAUAGAAAAGCUGGCUAAAAGAGAUGGAAAACUUGAAAGUAUCAGUACUUGGCUACAAGGGAAUCUUGAUGAAGUGCGCAGUCUUAGAGAAAACAAGUCACAAGCAAAUCUCGAUACAAUAAUCUGA